CAGUGAGGAGGAACAGCAAAUCACAGGCUGGGAUUUUUAUCAAGAUAUAAUCUCUUCUUCAUCUUCUAUUUUUUUUUAAUUAUUACUAUAUUGCAAUAAUAAUAUUUUAUUAUCGUUUUAUAUUUUUUUCAUCAUGGAGUUAGAGAAGGAAAUGUCCCAAUGCUGUUAAAGGGAUGAAAAACUUGAAUGAAGCUGUGUUCUGUGUUUGAGCAGCUGACGACUGAACAUGAGAAGUUUGAUCCUGUUCACACUGUGUGUGUCCACGUGUGUCCUCAUGGUCGACAGUCGACAUCCGACCUGUAACUUUAUGCUGGAGGUGGAGCGAGAUCAGACUGAGUGUGUGAGGCGUCUGAGGGAGGACGAGGAGGAGGAGGCCAGAGGCAGCAAAGCUCCAGGUUGCAGAGGCAUGUGGGACAACAUCGCGUGCUGGAAUCGGGCUGAUGUCGGAGACACCGUCACCAUCGCGUGUCCCAGCGCCCUUAAGACUUUAUUUGGCAGAAACGGUAACAUCAGCAGGAACUGCACGUCGACAGGAUGGUCCGAGGUUUUCCCGAACAUCAGCAGCGUGUGCGAGUCUGACCCGAGCCAGGAAAAGUUACUUUUCUACGUGGUGGUGAAAACUCUCUACACUCUGGGCCACAGUCUGUCUUUGAUCGCCCUCAUCACAGGCAGCGCCAUCCUGUGUCUGAUCCGGAAGCUUCACUGCACCAGGAAUUACAUCCACCUCAACCUCUUCUUCUCGUUCGUCCUGAGAGCCGUGGCCGUGCUGGUGAAAGACAACAUCCUCUUCAGCCGAACGUCGCAGUGCUCCAACCAGCCGUCACUGUUGGACUGUAAGGUCAGCCUGGUCUUCCUUCAGUACUUCGUCAUGGCGAACUUCUUCUGGCUGCUGGUGGAGGGUUUGUAUCUUCACACUCUGCUCGUCGUCAUCUUCUCUGAGAACAGACACUUCAUCGUCUACAUGUUCAUCGGCUGGGGAAUCCCGACAGUGUUCGUGUUUGCGUGGGUGAUGACGAGAGUUUAUCUGGAGGACACUGGAUGCUGGGAGAUAAAUGACAACCCGAUACCAAACUGGGUGAUCAAUGGACCGAUUGGAUUCUCCAUCAUGGUGAACUUUAUCCUCUUCAUCAGCAUCAUCCGGAUCCUGGUUCAGAAGCUCAGGUGUCCUGAUGUAGGCGGCAACGACCAAUCACAGUACAGGAGAUUGGCCAAAUCCACUCUCCUGCUGAUUCCUCUCUUUGGGAUCCACUACGUGGUUUUCGUUUGUUUCAGUGAAUCCAUCGCAGAGGUCUAUAAAAUUUUCUUUGACCUGGCCCUCGGAUCUUUCCAGGGUCUGGUUGUGGCCAUUCUUUACUGUUUCCUGAACAGUGAGGUUCAGUGCGAGCUGAAGAGGAAGUGGCGUAGCAUGUGUCUGAACUGCCGAUUUCUGAGCAGAAAUCGCCAACACAACAACACUUUUGUGUCGCGGAAUGGCUCGGAACACAUGGUGCAGUUUCAUCGUAACUCCCGAACGCAGUCCAUCCUGCAGUCAGAGACGACGGUGCUGUAAGAACGCGACGACAAACACAGUCUUCAGGAAAUUCAGUAACAAACCAUGACAUGGUCCCUUUGUCGGACCUAAACGGGUUACCAUCUAUCCCCUGAAGAGACAAAAACGCAGGUUUAAGUUCUUAUAAAUAACACAAAAUUCAUAAUUGAGAUUAUAUUAUUGGCAUGCAGUAUAUAUGUUGUGUUACGUGUUUAACAUCAGCCCCAAAAAAUUUAAAUGCAGGCAGCAUUGUGUAGGCCCACACAGCCACCGUGCUGCCAGCAGGUGGCGCUAUGCCCUUGACUUAGUUUUCAUCUGUUGAUGUUUUCUGGUCAAGUGUCUUUUGUCACUUGUGAAGUAUUGAGCAGAUCGGUCAAUGUACUGCAAAGUUACAGGGUUACUUUCUGUUUCGUGGUGAAUGAAAAAUUCUGAUGGCUGCCGAGGCCACACCCUUCUGAAUCUGUGAGACCUUUUAAAAAUAAAAAGGCUUCUGAGGCUUCUAAAUUUUCAUCUUUGAUGUGUUUAGUACAACUUGACUCUCAACUUGUUUUUUUUAAUGUUGGUACGAUUAACGCGCUCGGACGAUUGUGUUUUACAAAACGUGCAAAUUGCUGGACACCAAAUUCAAAAUGGCUGACUUCGUGUUGAGUUGAGGUCAUGGUCCAAAUUGACUUUUUAUGUCUAUGAGGCAAAACAGCGAGCUAACGCUGGGGAAUUUAAAACCGGUUUUAUAAAAAUUGCAAAUCGAGCAGAUCGCUCAACGUACGGCAGAGUUACAGGCCACUUCCUUUUUUCAUGGCAAAAUAGCGUCUGAAUUGGCUGACUUCAUGUUGGGUCAAGUUCAUGUUCGUAGUCGUGUGUGACCUUUUGAUAACUUUUCAUCUUUGAUGUGUUCAGUACAACUUGUUGCAUUUUUGUAUGUUGGUGCGAUUAACAUGCUCAGUCGAGCUCAUUCAUUUAAGAAACGUGCAAAAAAAACCCGCCAAGAUGGAUGCACCCCCUUUACGUGUUACCCUUAAAAGUUCUGAUGUGUGUGCAGAUUUUCAUUGGUUUUCACCAAACUUUAGUUUGUCAAAAAUGUGAUUCUGGGAAAUCCAAUAGGUCCUCGCACCACUGUGUGAGUGCUUGGACCCUAAAUACGUGACAAUUUUCAAUAUUUUCAGUAUUAAUCAUAAAAAAACAAUAUAUUUUAAUGUUCUAAUGUUGUUCUUAUUCUUGUGCAGCAGUUGCAUGAUAAUGUCAGUGUUUACGUAAAUGUGUAAACGUCUCGUAGAAUCCAACAGGAAACUUUGUCAAGUGAUGCCACGAAAAAGAAAAACAUGCUAUACUUAUUGUGUAUGUUUAUGUUACGUGUUGUAUUUAAAUGUUGCCACGAGACAAAUGUUUUAUUUAUUCUACUCUGUCCAACACUGUGCCUUAAACGCGUGAAAAAAAAUCCACCUCAGUUGUCUUCCAGAAUCUGCGAGGACUGAGGCAAAGACGAGGUAUUUGAGGCAUAUAUUGGAGUAUCGUCUGCUUAAUAGCGAACUUUGUUUCUGUUUUUGUUCAUUUUCACAGGUGAGCUUUUUGUAUGCAUGUCGAUGGAGUUUAAUAAAGGGGCCAUGUAUUAAACCUUGUAGGACUCCAUGUUUCAGAUGAGCUUGGGACCCCCAGGCGACUUCUCUAAAAACAUUUGAAUUUAUUGAAGUUAUUUUAUGUUUUUAGUAGCAAAAUAAAAUACGUGUUUAUAUGUUAUCUUUUGUUUUAGUCAUGUAACCAGUA